AUGACUAGAAGGCAGUCGUGGGUGUACAUCCCGGCAAUUACCUGCACGGGAGAUUGCGGAGGUACAAAGAAGACAGGAGCACGAGUACACACACAUAAUGCUUACGUUCCAGCCGUGUCGAAUGGAGAACUGAUAAUUUAUAGGAUAUUGCACAUAAUACAGAAGCAACGCCCACCGUAUUGGCUGAAAAGUUUAGAUGUCUGGCGCGUUCGACCGGUAGAACUAGAAAGCUGUAGCAUGUCAGAGGAACAUUACGUUUGCAUAUCGAGUCAACAGAACCAGAUCAUUGACUGCCCGUUAGUGCGAGAAAAGAUCAAGAGUAUCAAGUACGUACAGAGGACAAAACGCACGUUUCGGCGAUUUUUACUCAGUGGGAAAAUUUAUGUAUGCCGCAAAAGCCGGAAGAAACCCCAUACCAAGCCGGAAGAAACCCCAUACCAAGACAUAGUUCAGUUAUUGUCUAACUACUAUGGUAAAACUGCUGUUGUAUGGGUCGAGAGGCAGAAGUUUUAUAGUGCAUCCAAAUCAGGAAAUGAGACGGCACUAGAAUGGAGUGUACGACUUAAAGGUUUAGCUCGCUAUUGCAAUUUUGGUCAGCAGCUUGAGUCCAAGCUAACGGACAUUUUUGUUACGCAGUUCAAUCCUGGGAAGGUGAGAACUGAAUUAUUCACCCUAAACGAGAACACCACCUUAAAUAACGCUGUUGAAAAGGCCAAAAUUAUCGAAGCAACGCUAGUAAUAAGAGACCCAGUUGCUGAAGUUAUAAGCGAGGUCUUAGAAUCGGAUGUUUUUCGAAUUACACAAAAUAAUUCAAAUGUUGGUGCCACUGCCGAUCAACAUCAAGAUCCUCAACGGUAUCAUAGGGGGACAGCAGUACCUGCAGCGCAGCGGAGCCAAGGAGGCACGCGCAGGAGUGGGGGCAACAGCUCAAACAUGGCGCUGCCGCAGCUACAGCCGUUCACAUCGCCUGGUCGCUCUAAGGGCUGUUUCCGCUGCGGGAGGAACCACAACAGUAAUAUGAAUAUCAUGAAGGAAUUAGGGCCGGUUGCAUAA